GUUACGCAAACGAACGCACACUCUUGCUAAACUAACGCCACCAGAAAAAUCAGGACCGUUUAAAGAAAAUCCAGUCAGCACUGCCACGUUGGAUUCACUUGAGAUAAACGGUCAAAUUCUGUAACAGUUUGUGGUUGGUAGGGAUACGGGCAAAUCAGUAGACGCAACGCCAACGAAGGUUCGUCUCCAGAAGAGUCCAACUGAGGACAACAGUCAGAGGCUUAGAUCUCUUUAUCCCUUUGUCUUGUGAUUUUCUGAUAAUCAAAAAAUGGGAUUGUUGGAAGCGUUUCUGAAUUGGCUCCGCAGCCUCUUUUUUAAACAGGAAAUAGAGCUGUCCCUGAUUGGACUUCAGAAUGCUGGAAAGACCUCACUUGUAAAUGUUGUUGCUACUGGUGGAUACAGUGAGGACAUGAUCCCUACGGUGGGAUUCAAUAUGAGAAAAGUAACAAAAGGAAAAGUUACAAUCAAGCUAUGGGAUCUUGGAGGUCAACCAAGGUUCCGCAGUAUGUGGGAGAGAUACUGUCGUGCAGUUUCUGCUAUUGUUUAUGUGGUUGAUGCUGCUGAUCCUGAAAACCUGAGCAUCUCGAGGAGUGAACUUCAUGAUUUGCUUAGUAAACCCUCCCUUAAUGGCAUCCCUUUGCUGGUGCUAGGGAACAAGAUUGACAAGCCAGGAGUUUUAUCUAAAGAGGCAUUGACUGAUCAAAUGGGAUUGAGAUCAAUUGUUGACAGAGAAGUUUGCUGCUUUAUGAUCUCAUGCAAGAACUCGACAAACAUCGACUCCGUUAUUGAUUGGCUUGUGAAGCAUUCCAAAUCAAUGAGCUGAAAAGGCCUAGCAUUCUUUCAUUCUUUUUUGUGCCUUUCUGUGUGAUAAUUCCAGAAGGGUGAGUUUCCUGGUUGUUAAAUUAUUGUCUCUUUCCUCAGGAGCUGUUGUGUACUGUAUAUUAGAUAUAUUAUUCCUAAUUAUUGGCUUUGUUGAGGGUAGAGCUUGUAUGAGGCAUUUAGGUAAUGCAUUUGAAAAGUUUAAUUUUGUUUCUUAA